AUGAAGACCUCUACGAGACCGGCUCUUGCCUCGUCUCACUCCCACCACUCUCACCACUCCCGCCAUCCUCAAACCAAUCUACAGUCCUUCCGCGCUAAUAAGUCUACGACUCCCAUGGCGUCGCCUCGCAUGCCUCAUUCCGUCGGCCAACCCUAUCCGCCUAGUGCCAAAUUACCCCCUAUUGUUACAGAUGUCCGGCCGCCUAGUCCCAAUUAUUUCGGUCUCAACGUUGACCAUUCGGCUGCUGACGUUGGUAACUCGGAUGCUGCUCCUCCCGAUCACUGGAGUCCUCCGAGCUCGUCCGUCAAGUCGUUUGGUGCCGCGAUACCGAAACAAGUUCCUCUUGAUGCCAACCCGGAGUUUGAGGCUUUCAGACGCCAAGUCGAUGCGAAUCGUUCCAAGGGUUUCAAUCUAGGGAGCGCUUACUUUGCGCCAUCCCCGUCACCUAUGUUCGUAAGACCUAGGCCUCCGCGUUUGUCAACCAAUCACAGCGAUACCGCCUCGGAUAUGUCUAGUACCCGAUCUUUAAACAGCAAGGUUGUCGAUGGUGUUGGCGGCCGAAUGGAUGUUGAUACGGACAGUCUAAACGACUCUGCGUAUGUAUCAUCAGAUUCGAAGAGGAAUUCGGAGGUGUCGCUGAAUCCUCCCUCAUUUAGCAACAUGCCUCGGUUUGAGUCGCCCGCUCGUGCUGACUCUCCCUUUGAGCCCAUCCGCAGGAUGGCGUUGCCCAAACCUGAAGAUCGGCACCCGCGACUAUCGUUGUCUGAUGAGAAGUUAGAACAGACAAUAGAACCCAUGAAAGCUCGUGCUGAGACGCUACCGACGACGCUUGAAAAUGGACCCGGGCUCAUUCUACCAAGGCAACUUAAGGAUAUGCUUUCGAAUAUGCCCGAAAAUGAGUAUCUUUUGCUGGAUGUCCGUGUAUCUACACAUUACGCUCAGUCGCGCAUUCGCGGUGCUCUGAAUCUCUGCAUACCAACGACUCUUCUGAAGCGCGCUACAUUCAAUUUGCAAAAGCUACAGCAGACCCUCCAGACCGAAGAAGACCAACAGAAGUUUGCACAAUGGUCAAAUGCUAAGUAUCUCAUCGUAUACGAUGCCUCUUCAACAGAAAAACGGGAUGCAACUUCAGCUAUGAAUAUGUUCAAGAAGUUUUCGAAUGAGGGCUUUUCCGGGAAUUCGUAUCUUUUGAGAGGGGGGUUUCAUGCCUUUUCUACUGAAUAUCCUGCGCUCAUUGAUCAUCAAUCAGCUUCAGAACGGGCGGGCACCGCAGUUACUCUACCGGAGGGCGGACGACCGAGCUUCGCGCCUGUUAUCGGCGGUGUAAUGCUCCCAUCAAAUGCUAAUAAUCCUAAUCCAUUUUUUAGCAACAUCCGGCAAAAUAUGGAUCUAGCAGAUGGUGUCGGACAGAUGGAUAUCACUGUGCCAUCUAAUUUGGAUUCGAAUACACUCCCUCCUUGGCUUCAAGAUAUAACUCGGUCAUCAGAUCAUGGCAAGAAAGCGUCUGAGAGAUUCCUGAAUAUCGAGCGUAGUGAGCAAUCUCGUAUGAAGGAAGCCUAUGCAUCUUUCAAUGCGUCUGCGCCUCCAAGUCAAAAUUCUGGACGAAUCUGCCUCUCGGGAGUAGAGCAGGGUGUUAAAAACCGUUACAAGGACAUCCUUCCUUUCGAGCAUGCUCGCGUCCGUUUGGCCGGUCGAGCCCAAGGUGCUUGCGAUUAUAUUAAUGCUAGCCAUGUUCAAGCCUCGCGUAGUCAUAAGCGUUAUAUUGCUUCUCAGGGCCCUCUGCCAGCCACCUUUGAUGAUUUUUGGUCUGUGAUCUGGGACCAAGAUGUUCGUGUUAUCGUCAUGUUGACUGCAGAAUCAGAAGGGGGUCAACUUAAAUGCCAUCCGUAUUGGCAUGAUAAGGAAUUUGGACCUAUUAAACUCAAGUCGAUAUCCGAGAAGAAAGUAUCGCUUGAUAUGGAUAAGCAUCGGUCAAAUUCUGGGACCACGUCCACAAGCAGCGCGUCGGACUAUGGACGACGCCGUGCUGCCACUACAACGGCGUUUGAAUCCGCCCAGAACACGCAGCCCGCUCAGACACAACCCGAGACCCCCUACGUUAUUGUUCGAAAAUUCGCGUUGUCACACGCUGCUCAUCCGUUUUCUCCCAUACGCGAAAUUACCCAACUUCAAUAUCUCCUGUGGCCUGACUUUGGUGCCCCAGCGCAGCCGUCCCAUCUACUGGCUCUUGUUGAAUUGGCCAACAUGAUGCAGCGUGCUACGUUGCCGGUGGACGCAAGUUCAAUUGCUGCGUCGGUCCCUACCGAGACUCCGGUAGCCGUGGCUCGGUUCGACGAACCGGAAGCUGAUGCGAAUGCUAGGCCAAUGCUUGUGCACUGCUCUGCCGGCUGUGGUCGCACUGGAACCUUCUGUACUGUUGAUACCGUCAUCGACAUGUUAAAGCGGCAACGUCAAGCCACAGCCAACCGCGUAGACGGAGAUGGAGACGUGAACAUGAAUGAAAGCUCACCUAUCCAUCGCCGGACUUCAACCACCAAUGGCCUUAAGCCUAGACCAAUGGCGAAUGGUAAUAAUGAGUUGGAAACCAGUUGGCUUGAAGAUACAAGCCUUGAUCUGGUUGAAGCUACAGUGGAAGAUUUCCGAAGGCAGCGACUGAGCAUGGUCCAAAGCUUACGGCAGUUUGUCCUCUGCUACGAGACUGUGGCAGAAUGGGUCUCAAGAGUUCAUGAAAAGAGCAAUAGUAUGGCUGGCGGUAGGGGUCGGCCACGUAGCGAGACUAUGGAUGCUAGAAGAUGA